AUGUGUUGUGACGUUAUUUGCGGUGUUUCAGGAAACGAUCACUUCACCGUACCUCGGUCUAGAAGUUACGACGACGUGGCCAAUUUUGCGAAAUGUCGUCCGAGCAAAAAGCAACACUGUGCGCAGUUGAAGUCCGACAAAACUCGGCUGUCAGAUUUCAAUGUUGCCGACUGGGAUUCAUCGGCGAAAAGCAACGGCAACCUGUCGGUGUUUUGGAAGCAAGCAAUUUACGCCGAGAAGCCGCAAUUGGUGGCCGCUUCUCAAAGACCCAACGGUUUCACGAAACUUCAACAUUCCGCGUCGUGGUCAGCGUGGGACAGCGUGGUACGUUGUAUUCUGUCCGACUCUAAUGGCCACGACGUGUGCCGCGCGGCUUCACCUCCAAGAUAUUUGCAAAGCAAUCAUAUGCGGAACGGUGACGACAAUUCUGACAGUAUGCCAAGGAGGUCGAUGUCGAUGCACGAACGGCAGGUACGACGAAAAAGGGAUCGCGAUUUAGACAGACUCCCAGAAACGCGGGAUUCACGACCAAAUUUCACUGAACUGGACUCUGUGGUCGACAAUAUGGCGAAAAGCGGCGAGCGAACUCCUGAUUUGGGAAAACCUCUGAUCAGCGAGGCCGAUGCCAGCAGAAGAUUGGAACGGCUCAGAAUCACUACAUCUUCUUCUGCCAACCAACCGCAUACUAAAGGAAACGUUGGUCAGCGUCCGUCAUCGGGACUCACAGAGCGCACAGCCAGGGACAUUGGCUUCCUGCCAUUUUCCAGCACCAGGCAUAAAAGUAUUCCACGAGAAUGGAGCAUAUCACAUGAAAAGCUGGAACGACUGAAGCAGCUGUCAAACUCUCUAUCUUGCUCAGUCGCCAGAAGAGUUUCGCAGUUCGAUAACAAAACCAUGUGGCAGCAGGCACAAAGUUUCGUCGCAAAUGAGGAGAUGAAGGUAGUUUGA